AUGAAUUUGGCGAGGAAUAAAAAUAUUUUUCAUAAUAGCCAUCUAGUGCCGCUCCAUGGAAGUGGAACAAUAUAUAAUUAUUAUACUGGAAGAUUUGAUAUGACAAAUGCGAGUGAGCUUAUAUUAAAACCUUAUUUAUACACGAAAAACGAAACGAUACAUGUUGUACAGUACUUUAAAGUUCGAGUGAAUUCUACAUUGUACGCAUCACACUUAGGGUACUGGAGUCUAGAGCAAUCAAUGGCAAGUAUGAAAAUACCGUAUCCAGUAGAAGCACGCAAUUUCAUGGGCGAGAAAUUAAUCGUCGGAAGAUGCAAUUACACUGACGAGAAGCCUCUUCCUGACCAAGAUGGUCCUUCAGCACCUGGGCUUUUGGAUGACUUGCUGCACUUUCUUAUUGUGAGAAUGAAUGGAACGUCAUUGACUCGAUAUUACAGUAAAUUGGGAUUUCGUACAUAUGAAGGAGCGUGGUCAGGUUUGCUCGGGGCACUUUUAGACCAUACAGUAGAUAUUGCCCUCGAACCAGUGACUAAGCAAGUGUCAGGUCAGCAAGAAAUGGACUUUAUAUUUCCGAUCGCAGAGACUAUGUACAACAUCUACAUACGUAACAAAGAGACAUCAUCGGUGCGGGACAUAUUUCUGGCUCCAUUCAGUACUCGACUCCUAAUAUGCGUAGCAAUCGUAUUGGUUGUGUCUGCGAUCACUAUUGUUUUAAUUUCUAACAUAUCAAGGACAUUUUUAAAAAAUAAAUCUCGACAAAUAGGUUGUAGUGAGGCAUUAAUAUGGUCGACGGGAAUAUUAUGCCAACAAGGUGGUACCUGCACCACUUCAAACCCUGCGGCUAGCAUUUUGGUCAUAGUAUGCCUAUUUUUUGGACUGAUAACAUAUAAUGCAUAUGCGGCCUUUAUUACAUCUGUCCUAUCUGUUCGUGUUGCGAACGUUGGAUCUGUAUCUGAUGUGUUACAGUCUCCGAAUAUAAAGAUUGGGUACAUAAAAAAUGGAGCCGAUCAAAUAUACCUAAUGUCGACAAAAGAUAUACAGCUGAAUGCGUUCUAUAUUCGUGGCUAUUCAGAGGCUGAAAAUCUCGUUUCAUCGCCCGAAGAAGGCCUCGCCCGCGCUGCCAGUCAAGACUAUGCUUUUUUUGCCGGACAACGGGCAGCUCGUUCAACACUUAAAUCUAUGAGCCAAGCACGAGGACGCUGCGUCCUACGCGAGUUGCCUGUCCACUCAACUCGCUCUCAACUUUCGUUUCCUCUGCCGCGACGAUCGCCCUAUUCAAGGGUAAUUCUUAUAAGGUGA